AUGGAUACGAGGGAUCUGAGCGAUUCGGUUACAAGCUAUCCGGACAUCCACAACGCGGAGCUGGAUACGGCUGUGAGAAUCAUACAACGAGCCUUCCGCAGGAUCCUGGACAUGAAUGUUUUCAAAUAUUAUAAAAAUCUCAUCAAUUUUAAAGUGAAAGGCGAUCCGCGAUUCUUACUUAAAUGCAUCAACCCCCGAGAGGCGCAGCUGAUAGAUGCCGCCGCCGGGGUCCACGUACGCUUUCGAUUGGGAGGGAUGCAGUUUCCACCAAAUAUAUAUUACAAGCUGUUCACCCACAGGCCGGUGGUGGAUAUGUGUGCCAAUAGUCCCAAGGAUUACACCCACCUAUCACAGAAACAGCCGCUGCCCAAACAGAUCCACAACCGCGGCGAAGCCCCCGAGCCGGACUGCAGCAGAUGGUACACCCGGGUGGAGAACAACGGCUGGAGGCUUCUCACGCUAAGAGUUUUUGGCGGCACGGAUCAAGUGACCGCCGCAGAUAACAGGAAAAGGCUGACGUUUCACCAUUCCAGACGGCAGAGGAAACAGGAUGCCAAAAGAAAGCAGAAACAGAGGAAAAUUGACUGGAUGAGAAAAAUGUAUUACCAAGGAAGUUUGCAUGCGCAGACAGCGGACCCGGACACCGCGAGCCUCGUCCAGCAGGCUACUCAAGGCAUCCUAAACUCUGUAGAGGAGAAUGGAAGUGAAGCGGUCAUGGACUGGGAGGUGGACGAGCUGCUACGGUGGACCAACGCGCUCAAUUUUGAAGAGUACAUAGGUGAUUGGAAAGCAGUAGGAACAAGUAAAUCAUCAUCUGCAUUCAAAGGCACAACAUUCAUUCGCUCAACAUACGAUCUCUACGAGUUCUCACAACUAUCUCCAGGCAGCGAAACGUCCUCCAUCAUCACUGAGAAUGAAAAAGAAUAAGAACGUAGAAACAUAGAACAAAAUCACA